AUGGUCACGCAUCAUACACAUCCCCUUCUACCACCACCAUCACCUCCACAUUCACAUCCCCUUCUACCACCACCGCCACCUCCUCCUCCUCCUCCUCCUCCUCUCUCUCUCUCUCAAAUGCAGAAGAAGGAAAGGGAAACGAAGAAAGCAUCCUUCUUUAAGGUGAUGGUAGGAGAUUUUGACGAGAAAAUGCGGAUCCCCUUGCAGUUUGUUCGUGCUUUCCGGAGGGAAUUAUGUAGCAUUGACGCUGCCACUCUGCAUGGUCCCUGCAGCCCCGCUUGGCGUGUCAGAUUGAAGGAGGAGGAUGGCCAGAUGUUUUUUCGACGUGGAUGGAAGGAAUUCAUCAAACACCAUGAUGUAAACCAAGGUUAUUUUUUGGAUUUUAGAUUUGACGGGCAAUCCCAUUUCAAUGUUGAAGUGUUUGACACAAGCUGUUGCGAGAAGAAGUAUGAUUGCGCUGAUGAAGGUUUCAAUUCAAGUGAUUCAAGCAAAGAUUCAUUGGAAAUAUUUCUAGGUACUCAGCGCCAUAAAUAUUUGCGUCGAACAAAAAAUAGGAAGAACUUUUCAGCAUCACAACACUCGAUCGAUCGUUCCCAGCCGUCCGAUGCAAUGAAGAGAAAGAAGUCAAAGAGUGAAAAGAAGCAGAAAAAAGAGUGGAACAAGAAAGAACGAUCUCAUGAGAGAAACGAAGUGGAACAAUGUCUGAGUGGCUCGGAAAGCUCCAGUUUUGAACUUUCAGAGAGUGGAGGGAAUCAAGAAACCGAAACUGGUAACCCCCUCUUUACUUGA